AUGGUUUCUCACAAGACCGCUCGUGGUAAGGCUGCCUUGGAACGUUUAAAGGUCUUCGAAGGUAUUCCACCUCCAUAUGACAAGAAAAAGAGAGUUGUUGUCCCACAAGCAUUGAGAGUUUUAAGAUUGAAACCAGGUAGAAAGUACACUACUCUAGCUAAAUUAUCCUCCUCUGUUGGUUGGAAAUACGAAAACAUUGUUGCUAAAUUGGAAGCUAAGAGAAAGGUUUCAUCAGCUGAAUACUACGCUAAGAAGAGAGCUUUCACUAAGAAGGUCACAUCUGCUAACGCUACCGUUGCUGAAUCUGAUGUUGCUAAACAACUAGCUGCUUUGGGUUACUAA